GAACAAACCUGAGGACCGAGCGCAUCAUUGGCUUUCUUCUAGUGUAUGCGACCCGACCCAGAUUUCCCUCGCAGCUGGUCUCGGUCAACGUCCCGAGUGCUACGUAUUGUUUUUUUGUUUUUUUUUACCUUUGCUUGUUUCGUCAGCAGCCCGAAUACCUACUACCGAGCCGGGUUUUCUGUUUUCUACAUGCGCGCGCCUGUCCCCGGCUGGUGCUGCCAUGCGACGGGGUCGUGACUGACAGCGCGCGCGACUCGAUCCGAAUGCACAUGCACCUCGCUGCUUGACCCCGCGACAGCAAGCCGCGCGACACUAAACCUGCGACCGCUCUACUCACAAUGGACGAAGACGAAAGCCUCCAAAGCCCGCAGUCGCGGCCAUCGAUAGCCCAUCAGGUCAUCCGAAAAGUGCCAGGGAGCUUUGAUGACGAUGUCAUUUCUCCGCUCAAGGAGAACUUUGGCGAUGUCCGCCCACCCCCACCCCCUGUCUCGAAUGCGCCAGCCCUCAAACCCGAGAACAUACCGCCGCUGCAUCCGCCCGCCCCUGCCAUGCCCGAGAGCAGCUACCUCGAGGGCCCGAGUCUCGAACUUAGGCAUUCAGACUCCCAGGCCGAGAUCGCUGUUCGACAACACCUCCAAGACAUCGAGUCGAGCUUCUCAGCCCCCCUCUCGCCUAUCCCGGCUUCCAGAAAUGGAGUCGACGACACCUUCCUCUUCGACUCUCCCACAAAGAAGCAGACAGCCCGAGCUUUGCCCCUGCCGCCCCUCCCCCCUAGCGACGCCAACGAGUCACAGGACGAGUCACAGGACGAGUCACAGAUGUUUCCAAUUCUGAGGCAUACGCCGCCCACUCCCGCACAUAUCAACAACGACUACCAUUUCUCCGACCGAGAAAACGAACAGAUCAGGGUGGAGCCCGGCAAUGGAACAUCGUCAUUAGAGGCGUUUUCGUCUUCGCCAACAGCUGCCGCUGCUGCAAGGACUAUCUCGCGCGCCGUGUCCCAGGCAAGUCGAGGCGUGGAUGGGGCCGAAGGGAGGCAAGACCCCGACGAUUCGGCGCACGACCUUUAUCCUCAGCACGACCAGUCAGAUCAUGAUCAAUCCGACCUGGACCAGACAGACAGCCAUGACGAUCAGGACCAGGCAGGAGACCACUCUGAGAAUUACCUUCCGCAGCCCGAGUACCCCCAAGGUGGCCAUCCGGGACGGUUACGACACAUGAGCUCCGACCAAAGUCUGCAUCGGUUCUCUGUGGAUGCAGGAAAUACUCCUGGUCAGGCUCUCAAGAUUGCCAGGCAACGUCCAAAAUACCUGCGCAGCCGAAAUGCCAGUCAGCGCUCCUCGGUCUCGUCUCUAAUCACCGACCCCGAAAGCGAUGUCACGGUCGGGCUGGGAACGGACUAUGCGCUCCAAUCUGGCGGCGCCGUCCCAUCAUUGGGAAUGCCGCGGAGCUUGAGCAACAUCUUGUCGCGGUCUAUCAGCAUGGGGAGCAUGGCUAGUGGAAUCGAUGACCUCCAUGACUACUCCGGGCCGGCCAUAGGUCAGCUCGAGACCCUGGACGAAGUGGAUCAGAACUCGUCUCCUCAGCGUCCGAGCCAGCGGGUCCAAAACGACGAUAUGCUGCAAACCCCCAAAGCCAAGCGCAACUCAACUGCUCUCGCCGCGCCCACCGACACCGUCAUCGCCCGCCAUGUGCGAGAAGUGCAAGUUCCUGAGUCUCUAGCUAGAGAAUAUAAGAGCAAGGGAGGCCUCGUAACUCCACGGAAACCCCACGACUUUAAUAGCGUCGCGGGUCUUGGCACCUCGACUGGAACGAGCCGCCAUGGAGGCAAGAGCUUGACCCUGAAGGAGCAGAGCAGCACCAUCGAACGCCUGAGCAAGGAGAAUUUUGACCUCAAGCUCAAGGUUAUGUUCCUGAGCGACCGCCUGGACAAGCUCUCUGAAGAAGGUAUUAAGGAAAUGAUCUCAGAGAACGUCGAGCUCAAAACGGGCCUGGCAGUGUUGCAGAGGGACAAUAAGAUGCUGCGUCGGCGUGUCAAGGAGCUCGAAAAGCAAAUGAAGGAUGACGACCAGCGCCCCGGGACUGCACGUAGUGUCUUGUCCGACGAUGAUCAGAGCGCUGCGUACUACCAAGAGAGUCAGGAGCGCGAAGAGGAGCUGAUAUAUCUGAGGGAGCAGAUGGAAGAGUACGUUACUGAGAUUGAGAGGUUGAGAGCCGACAACAUGGCCAAAGAAGCCGAGAAGCGCCGCAUGGCCGAGGUCGUCCGGACGCUUGGGGAAAAGACUGGCGAGAGAAUAGGCGAGAGUCUCGGCCGACAAGAAGAAGCGGACGUUUGGAAGGAUCUUCUCGAGCAAGAGACUGCCAGGAGAGAGCAGGGCGACGAAGACAACCGCCGCCUCCGCGACGAAGUCUUUCGCCUGAAGCAGGAACUCGCGGCGCAGUCGGCCGGGAGUGCACUAAACCACACCACAAACAUCUAUAACAUCACCAAGAAGCGAGACCGUGCCAUGUCUCCAAGUCGACCGAUGACGGCUUUCUCCAACGAAUUAGAUGCCAGUGGAGCGCUGAGCGCAGGCAGCACAUUGGUCGAGGAUCUUCGCCGGGAGAGCGAUCAGCUGCGCCACGAGAAUGCCGAGCUGCGACGCGAAGUGGGUGCCCAAACGUCGAUGCUUACCUCGCGGAACCGCGAGAAGGAGCGGCUGUACCAAGAAAUCGAAGAUCUGAAGAUGGCGCAACGCCGGGGCGGGCCAGCACCUUCCACGAUAGAUAGCAUCUUGGAACGGUCAGCAUCCCGCGCAGGGGCUCAUGAGCGGUCGCAGUCUCGAGCAAGUGGCGGGACACGAGCCACCGGGACCGCACUGGAAGAGCCGGAGCGCGAGGAGUUGGAAAACAAGCUAGCCGAUCUGCGCGACAAGAACAACGAGCUCAAGCUGCAGAACCAGGACCUGCAGCGAGAGCUAGACGCCUGCAUGGAGGACUUUGAGGUUGCGGUCGGAGCCAAAAAGGAAGCCGAGGAGCUGGUUGCCGCGCUUCAGGAGGAUCUCGACACCGCCAUGAACGACCUAAUGGCACUCCAAGCGGAGAGAGACGAGGCCUUGCAGGAGCAUGCCAACUUGGAGACCGAGUUUGAGGCUCUGCGCAAGGAAGCACAGGAGGAGAUUGACGCACUCGAGGGCGAAGGAGAUCAGCGCAACGCCGAAAUAGAGCGUCUUCAACUCGACUUGAGUGACAGGACCGAGAACUUUAGCGCACUACAAGAAGAGAUGCGCAAGAUGAGCGACGCGCUUGUGCGGCUCGAGGAUGAGCAGGAAACCAAGCUCCGAAGGAUCCAACAGCUCGAGCAAGAGCUUGGAGACGCCAACAGGGAGCUGGAGGAUCUCGAGACCAAGCUCUUGGAGGCCAACGACAAAGCUAAUCGACUGUCGGUGCAACAGGAAUCCAGCCAGGGCGAAAUUGCGUUCCUGCGCGAGGAGCAAGAAGGCGACAAGAUCCGCAUCGGGGACCUCGAGGCCGCGCUCGCUAAUGCCGAGCAGACCAUUCGCGAGGAGAAGGAUCGCGCCCGGGAGCUUGAGCAACGUCUCGCCACCGAGAGGCGGCAGCGCGAAAUCGUCGCGAACCGGGAGAAGGAAGACGUCCAGCAGUUCGUCAACGAACUCAAUAGGGAGGCGUCGGCGGCCAAGGAUGAGGCUAGGCGGCUGCGCAAAAACCUCACAAGUAGAGAGGUCGAGGCGACGGAGUGGAAAGAGAGGCUCAUUGAACUGGAGAACAACUUGCGCGAGGCUCUGGGAGACUUGAACGGAACGAGGUCAAGUCUUUUGAAGUCAAUCGCCAAACUCCAGCGCGACCUGGAGAACACGGUGCGCGAUCUCGACGCCACCAAAAACUCUCUUAUGGAGAAGGAUCGCAUCAUCAAACAGCGCGACGCCCUUCUCGAAUCGCAUGCUCUCGAGUCUCGCAAAAUGGCCGAGAUGCUCGACAAAGAGCGGCAGGCGCACCGCAACUCCAAACACCAGUUUGAGACCUUCCAGAAGACGCACCAGCACGUCACCAGGACCGUCAGCUCCCAGGAUGCACGCAUCCUCGAGCUCGAGGCGGCCAAGGCCCAAGACAAGAAGCGUCUCGCCCAGCUCGAGGCCAGCUUCAAGGAUCAGCUCACUGAGCGCAACAAUCUUCUGCUUGUGCUUUGGACCCGUCUUUCGUCGCUUUGCGGCUCCGACUGGGCCCACGACAACAGCCUCAUCAACGGCCGUGCGCUACCUAGCCUUGAGGCUGUGGCGACCAUGCUGCCAGGGUUCAGCAAGAACUUGUUGGCCGCGGUGAAGACCAUAGAGACCAUGGUAGGCGGGUUCCAAGGCAAGAUCAAGAGCGUGGAGAAGGACCUGUGGCGAGAGUACCAGACGCUCGAGAGUCAUCUGGACAUGCGCACCAAGAAGCUAGAUCGGCUCGAGGCCAUCAUGCGCAACAGCAUCGCGACCGGGACUCUCAGUAACGGACCCAGCGAGGCGCAGCAGCGACUUGUGCGGCUGGAAGACGCCUACCGCCAGCUCAAAGUCGAGAACCACACACUCCGCACCGCCGCCGAAGUCCGCGCGAGAGCCGCCUACGCCGCCACCGGCGAUCCGAACGGCCUCAUCCCUGACAACUCGUCGGCCGGCGGCGGCAGCCCCAGUCCCUCAGUUCCCACAGGCCCCAAGGCUAAAGACCGCACAAGCCGGAUACCAAAGACGGGCGCCUCCAGCCGCGGAAGCAGCAACUACUCGCUAGGCCGCUCCAGCACCAUGACUACCGGCCGUGCGACAAGCAGCCACCGCGUCAAUCUCGCAGCCGACGAGCUCAUGGGGCUCAUAGGCCAAGAAGCGGAAGAUGAUGAGAAGGAGCAAUUGCAGCAGCAGCAGCAGCAGCAGCAGCAGCAGCAGCAGCAGCAGCAGCAGCAACAGCAACAACAGAGUGCCAACGGUAGUGCUAGUAGUAGCGGAGCUAACAUGGACAAUAAGUGGAUGCUCCGCCUGCGCGACCUCGAAUACAAGCUCAAGGCGGAGCGCGAGGCGCGUCUCCUCGACCGCGGCGAAGCUAUGAAGCGCAUUAACGCCAGCGAAAGUGAGAACAAUCUGCUCCGCGACAACCUCGAGCGCGAGAAGAGGCGGCAGGGCCGAUCAUAGAUGGUCGCAACUGCUGCCGGUGCCGAGAGACACCGCGCCGGGGCUGAAGGGGGCGGGAGCGGCAUCAAGACGCGUGUCUUCA